ACUUUGAAAUAAAGAUUAAGUAUUACAUUGAAUAAUUUAAAAAAAUGACAUUUUAGUGAGAGAAAAUGAGUGCAACAGACUUAAAGAAUCAAGGAAAUAAGCAUUAUGCUGCUAGAAACUACGAGGCUGCCGUUAACUGUUAUUCAAAAGCAAUUAUAAAAAGUCCAAGCACACCAACAUUUUUCACCAACAGAGCUUUGUGUUACUUGAAACUAAAAAACUGGGACCAAGCCUUACAGGACUGCAGAAGAGCUUUAGAUCUUGAUCGAUCAGUUGUGAAAGGACACUUUUUUAUGGGACAGGCUCUUGUUGAGUUGAGCUUGUAUGAUGAAGCUGUAAGCAGUCUUAAAAGAGCUCAUGAUCUAGCCAAAGAACAAAAAUUGAACUUUGGGGAUGAUAUAACAUGUGCACUUAGACAUGCCAAGAAGAAGAAAUGGAAUAUGAUAGAGGAUAAAAGAAUUCAACAAGAAAUAGAACUACAGACGUACAUAAAUAAACUGAUAAGAGAGGACACAGACAGAAUGAGAGAUGAAGUAAAGAAAACAACCAAUGAAGAAGAUGGUGAGGAAGACAAGAUUUUAAGUGAAAUUGAAGAGGAGCAGGACCAAAAAAUCAAGGAAAUAAAUGAUCUGUUUGCAAAAGUGGAUGAAAGAAGAAGGGGGAGAGAUGUUCCGGAUUACUUGUGCGGCAAAAUUAGUUUUGAACUAAUGCGCGAUCCUGUAAUAACGCCGAGUGGAAUAACGUAUGACAGGAAGGACAUCGUGGAGCAUCUCCAGAGAGUUGGACAUUUUGACCCAGUGACUCGAACAGACUUGACCCAGGAUCAGCUCAUCCCUAACCUGGCUAUGAAGGAAGUGAUAGACAAUUAUUUAGAAGAAAAUCCUUGGGCAGAGGACUACUAGCACUAAUUACAUGUACAUGUGAUUAAGCAACUUUCAAACCAUUCCGCGUCUCAAUUUUAUAUUUAGAUGUUUCAUGGUUUUCAUUGAUGCAGAGAAUGAAAAUGUAUUCAAUAUCAUUAUUUCAAAAUCUAGCAAGAUUUUUACUUCAAGAACCUUUACAUGUACUUUCGUAGAUCCCAUUAUUGAACUGCUUAGAUGACUGCAUUUAUAAUAUGCAUUGUUUCCCAGGAAACAAAUUGUUAUUAGGUACAUGGGUAGUUCAAUAUGUGUAUGUGUACGAGUGCUAAAAGUGAAAUUUAAGUAUAUACAAUGUAUAUCUAUUGAUUAUGUAAUCUUUUUAAUUUUAAUACAUGUAACAUAUUCAUGUACAUAAAUUAUGAGCCUCAUGGCUUAUUAGAAAGGAUUUAACUUAACUAUUAAGCAGGAAAAAAAUUAAAUAUCUGGUAAAUUAACUUGUUCAUAUUAUCAGAUAUAAACAUAUGAUAUUAUUAUG